CUUUGAUUGCGGAAGGGUUUAUUUACUGAAGCAGCCUGCUUGCUGGCUUGAUCAAGCUGGCGUACGUCGUGACGGUGCUAACAGGCAACGUUUGAGCAAAACAGAAAAACGAGAAGUCACUUUGAUUUUUUUUUUCCCUUCUGAGAAAGAAUUUGACAUGUGCAUUCUAUUUUGAUGGAUUACCUGAAGUGAAUGUCGCAUACUGACCAAAAACCCUUAUGAAUUCAAAAGGAAUUGGAGAUACAGUAUUGACAAAUAGUACAUGAUACAAUGCUCAAAAAAAUUAAUAUGGGCUCUAGUUGUUUUGCCUUUAUUUGAAAAAUUCAAUCUAUUGCCUGCCAAUCAAAUAAGGCAGCUGAUUUCUUUUAAUAAGCAUAUUUAAAUUAUGGGAUCCCAAAAGGACUCCGAGUCCCCCCAUUCUUCCAUUAGUGGAUUGCCUAAUCCCAAAUGCCGAGGCAAGAGGCAAAGGAUUUCAUUUCAUUUCUUCAGUGGGAAGUCUCGGGCUAAGCAGGCUCCAUUCCAGCAGCCGCUGACACCACCCCUGGAUGCAGCCCCUGCUGGCUUGGGCAGUGUCCUGAGCAUUUCAGAAAAUGUUUUGCACCCUCUGUAUAUAGAAACACCAACAGAUCUUGCAGUCUUGGGAAGCCAGAACACAUUGGAUUCAUCUGAAGGUUUGGAAAAUGCUACUUGCAGUGAAGAUAUGCUGGAGUGUCCACUUUGUUUGAUUAGACAGCCCCAAGAGAAGGUGCCUGAAAUCAUGACUUGCAGCCAUCGUUCUUGCCUGGCUUGUCUAAGACAGUACCUGCGGAUUGAGAUUACAGAGAGCCGUGUAAAUAUUAGCUGUCCUGAGUGUUCGGAGCGUCUAAACCCGCAUGAUAUACGCCUCAUCCUGGAUGACCCCGUCCUUAUGGAUAAAUAUGAGCUGUUUAUGCUACGCCGCUACUUGGCUUCUGAUCCUGACUGCCGGUGGUGUCCAGCACCAGACUGUGGGUUUGCAGUUAUUGCAUAUGGCUGUGCCAGUUGUCCAAAACUCACCUGUGGGCGCCAAGGGUGUGAAACAGAAUUCUGUUAUCACUGCAAGCAGGUAUGGCACCCAAAUCAGACCUGUGACACGGCGAGACAGCAACGAGCAAACAGCAUGCGGGUCCGCACUAAGCAUACUUCUGGUUUAAGCUAUGGGCAAGAGUCUGCCACAGAUGACAUUAAACCAUGUCCUCGUUGUGGUGCUUAUAUUAUCAAGAUGAAUGAUGGUAGCUGCAAUCACAUGACCUGUGCUGUUUGUGGCUGUGAGUUCUGCUGGCUCUGCAUGAAGGAGAUAUCUGAUUUACACUACUUGAGUCCUUCAGGAUGCACAUUCUGGGGCAAAAAACCCUGGAGUCGCAAGAAAAAGAUUCUGUGGCAGCUGGGCACACUUAUUGGCGCACCUGUGGGCAUCACAUUGAUAGCUGGCAUUGCUGUUCCUGCAAUGAUCAUUGGCAUUCCUGUAUAUAUUGGGAGGAAGAUCCAUAGUCGCUAUGAUGGAAAGAAGACUUCAAAGCAUAAACGCAAUCUUGCUAUAACAGGAGGUGUUGCACUAUCAGUUGUUGCAUCGCCUGUUAUUGCAGCGGUUAGUGUAGGCAUUGGAGUACCCAUCAUGUUGGCGUAUGUUUAUGGAGUAGUACCAAUUUCACUAUGCCGAGGAGGGGGAUGUGGUGUAAGCCGAGGCAAUGGAAAAGGAGUCAAGAUAGAAUUUGAUGAAGAUGAUGGACCAAUCACAGUGGCAGAUGCCUGGCGGGCUUUGAAGAACCCAAGUCUUGGUGAAAGCAGCAUUGAGGGCUUAACCAGUGGCCUAAGUACAAGUGGUAGUCCUACAGAUGGGCUUAGCAUGGCACAAGGAGGCUAUGGGGAGACUGGUAGUUUCACAGCUCUUUCUGGAGGAACUCUUGGCACAAACAAGGGCAAAUAUAGAAGGCUAGAGGUGCAGGCAGAUUUCCAGAAAGAAACCUUCCAUAAAGACACUGUAAGUCUGAGUACCAUCAGUGAUAAUGCAAGCACUCGUGCAAUGGCAGGAUCCAUCAUCAGCUCUUACAACCCUCACGAAAGAGACUGCACUAAUCUGGAAAUUCAAGUGGAUAUUGAGACAAAACCAAGCCAUUUGCGGUUGGCUAGUGGAAGUAGCAUUGAAGAUUUGACACAGACCCGCCCAUUACUUGCUAUGGCUCUUAAUGCAGGAUUUGAACUAGGAGAUGCUGGUUCUGCAGGAGGAAUGGAUCAUGGCAAAGAAUGCUCUAUCCACCAACCUGGAGAUGUUACUUUAGCACAACCUGAGAGCAUCCGCAGUGACCUAGAGACCUCAGAUACUCAAUCAGAUGAUAUUCCAGACCUUACUUCAGAUGAAUGUGAUGUGACUUAUCCCAGAGCAUGCUGGAAUACACUUCCCAGGGCACCUAAAAUGUGCACCCCGACUCUGGACUGUCACAGUCUGCACAACUCUGAAAACAGUAUUCUUUAUCGGUGAUACUCAACAACCAAAAUUUGCCUUUUGACUAUCAAUGUAUGUACAGGCACUUUCAGUAGUGGUGAGAGUAACCAAAUUAAGAGAUAUCUUUACUUCUUUGAGCCUAAAACUGUAGUUUGUCAGAAGGGUUAUUCCUGUUUAGGUAGUUAAUGACUGACACAUUUACAGUGUAGGUGUGUGAACUGAGUGUGAGUGUGUAAGUAGUAUCAAUCAGUUUUUUUCAGGUGAUUCCUCUAAGUUAUUUUAGAGGAAAUCAUGCCUGCAUUUUUAUUCUAUUUGGUUUCAAUAAGCAGUGUUGUUUUUGCAUGACUGCAUAUCUUGACAACCAACUAUGUGUGUUUGAAGAACUGCUUCAUCUCCCUGAUCAGUAUAAAUGAAACGGCAUGUAGUAGAGUGGUUAUUCUACUGGAGAGGCUUCCCUUUAAUCUGUAUAACUUUGUUUUCAUCCAUGGAAACAUGUCAUUAUAAAGAUCCUACAAAGUUCCUAAAAAUUCACAUUGUGUACAGAUGUGAUUGUAAUUUAGAGAACAAAAAUACAGCUAAUAAAAGUGUUCUUCUAAGUUGAGGUAAUGCAGGAAAUACAGGGCUCAUGCAGGCAUAUUGUAAAGUAAAUGUGCGUUAUUGUGCAAUUUUUAAUCAUUAUAGGGUGUGUAGAUAAUAUUGACACCCCUAUUGUGAUUGACUAAAUAUUUAUUUUUUGUUUGUGUGCAGUUAUUUCAACUACAGAUGUCAGAGAAGCAGACUAUAUCCAUCUUUUGUUGUAUAAAAAGAUUAUUAUAUGUAUUUGUUAGAUGACUUAUGUUUAAAGCUUUUGCUACAGAUUUGCUGCAGAUCUACAUGAGGAAGCCUUGCUUGAAAAGAAUGUAUUAAACAGCCAUAAUCUAAUGAUGAGGUGUGUGUUGUGCUAGAGGUGUCAAGGAUAAUUCACCAGGCCAAAUGUUAUGAUUGCAUUCUUGCAAUUUAAAAAUUAAAAUCAGUUUAUACAUAAACUCAUUAGCUCAGCAUGAUUUAUACGAAGAAUGAAAUCAGUGAUAUCUUACUGAAAACACAGCAGCUUGCAUAUUCAAUGGGUAAACCACACAAGUCCAAAUGUCCCCAGCCUUCAACCUCCCUGUCCCAUGGACAUUAUCUGUUGAUUCUAGACUGUGGCCUUUCUCAUCUUGGGAUAUUUGCUGCACUGAAAUAUGAGAAAGAACUCUUUUGUUUAAGGUAAAUGAAUGUAUUCACAUGGUGAAAUGUUCUGUGUAAGGGGAAAUUCAAAUUUUGUGUUAACAUAUUGGGAUGUUAUUUAUGUCCUGCUAUUCAGUACAGAAGGUGUAAAACAAAAACUAUUGACGGACAUUUAUGUUUUAGCAAUUUUAAGACCCUGAAGAUGAUGAAUCCUUCAUAAUAUUUUUCUUCAACUGCCUAUAACUGCAGUCUUCAAAGAAAAAAGUGCUGUGAAAACAUUUUAUGAUUGUUAGUAAUAAGGCAUUCUAGCAUGUUUCCUCCAUGUUGUAUAUAUUAAUCUGCUAUUCACUGAGGCAAAGGGCUUGAAUGUACUUCAUGUGCCUACCUCUCUGUGGAUGUAAUAGCACAUUUCAAACCUGAAAGCAAAUAUGCUUAAUGUGCUCUCAGGGCAAUAGCACUUCUUGGUGCUUUAGUAGUGGGGUUGGUGUACAACUGUGUAUUGAUAACUGGGAAAAGUGCACAAAGACUUUUUGUCCUCGCCUAAAUUAGAUGAUUAUGUUUUUAUUGAAGGGAAAAAUUGUUGGAUAUUGAGAUAGAUUGGUUAAGUUUGUUUAACUUUGCAACAAACAAGCUAAUGCUAAUAAAUAAGUAAUACAACAUAAA